AUGGCGUCCGCCGAGGAAGAGCUGUACGCCGGCAAUGGCAAUCUGCGCUGUGUCAUGUACCUCACCGGCCAACACCCCAACGUGCCCUCCAAGGAGCUCGUGUCUCACAUCACCCACGUGGAGCUUGCGUUUAUGAACUCCGACACCUUCAACAAGGACGUCGCUGAGUGGCCGCUGUUCACUACCGUCGAAAAGGUCCGCACCCAGUUCCGCCCCGGCACCAAGGUCAUGGUCGCCAUUGGCGGCUGGAGCGACACCAAGGGUUUCGACACGGCUGCUCGUACCGCCGAGUCUCGCGAGAAAUGGGCCAAGAACGUUGCCGACAUGGUCAAGGCUACCGGUGCCGAUGGCAUCGACAUGGACUGGGAGUACCCUGGGGGCAACGGCGAGGAUUACAAGAACAUCACCAACGAGGAGAAGAAAUGGGAGAUCGAUGCGUACCCGUUGCUCCUCGAGGAGGUCCGCAGACAGCUCCCCAAAGGCAAGCUCAUCUCGGCCGCCACGCCCGGCCUUGAGCGCGACAUGAUUGCCUUCACCAAGGAGCACACUCCCCGGAUCGAGCGCGCUCUUGAUUUUGUCAACGUCAUGACUUAUGACAUGAUGAACCGCCGAGACAACGUCACGAAGCACCAUACCGGUAUGGAGCUGUCCCGCAUCGCCGUCGAGAACUACAUGGCCCGUGGAGUUCCCGCCCACAAGAUCAAUCUCGGGUUCGCCUUUUACACCAAGUGGUUCCACACCACGGACUGCCCCGAUGGCCUGGAAGUCGGCUGCCCGACGCCGUUGAUGGAGGAUCCCGUGACGGGCGGCGAUCUCGGACAGACCGGCGGCUUCAGUUGGAAUGACGGAGUUCCGGACGAUGUGAAGGGCUCCUUUGAGCGGGCUCAGAAGGACGGCAAGUAUGAUGAGAAGGGCGGCGGCUACUACUAUCUCGACAGGGCCGAGAAGCGAUUCUGGACGUACGACAACGGCGAUGCAAUCCUCCGCAAGUUCCCCGACCUCGUUGACCGUAUGCGGCUCGGCGGUGUGUUUGCAUGGGGGUUGGGCGAGGACGGCCCCGAUUAUAACAACCUCAAGGCUGUCAACAAGGGGUUGGAGCAGCGCAGGGGUAGCGGUGGCAUCUGGGGUCCUGGCCCGUGGGGUCCGGGCCCGCACGCCGCCGAUGAGCUGUAG